AUGCUCAUUCUCCGCUCGCUUCUAUUGGCGGCCAUUGGAGUGGUAGAGUCGGCGGUUAUAUCGAGUCCACAAGAACCACUCUCGCCGCUACUGACUACGAUCAAGAACAUACCAGAGCUGUCGAUCUUCUAUUCUUUAUUCAGCAGUACUGGAGGCGCUUCCGGUAUUCCAGGUCCAGCUCUGGAGGAACGCCUCAACAAUCCAAACAAUAGCCUGCAAUUCACUGCAUUUGCUCCCACAAACGAUGCGUUUUCACACAUCUCGCAAGACACAAUUGCAGCCCUGACGACUCCUCAAUCAUAUCAACUCCUCUACAGCAUCCUCAUCAACCACAUCGCACCCGGAGAGCCAACUUUCUCCGAUCUCCAGCAACAAGGUACAGUGCAUGCCAUUGGCGGCUUCGACAUCAGCUUCGACGCACAAGGAGAACUACUCACAAAUGCCAACACCACAUCCGAGUCGGAAAGGUCCAGAGAUCAUCAAGCAACACUCAUCAAAGGACAAGAUGGCCAACCCAUCCGAAUCCCUGCAUCGAAUGGAGCAAUUUUCAUGAUUGAUCACACCCUGGACGGCUUGUUCACUUAUUUUGGCGUGGACGAACCAGUCUCUAAAAAUCAAGGCCUCCCCGAAGCCAUCGAACAUACUGGUACAAUGCGAGACAUACUGGAAACUACGCCGGAGCUCUCGACUCUCAGUGACAUCCUGAAAGGUCUGAGAGCAGAUUUCCUCACUAGACUUUCGCUCGCCUCGUGGGACCUGGCAGUGAACAACAGGACAGUAUUUCUCGCUCCGAGCAAUACUGCUUUCGAAGCUUUGCCAGCCGAGGCAGUGCAGAAAGCUCUGCAGCCGAGUAAUUACGACUUGUCGGCAUUCUUGCUGCGCUUUGGCUUAGGCGAGGUAGUGGCUGGUGAUGCAGGGGGUGGUUCGAUGAGGAUCAAAUCUCAAAGUGGAUUUGAAAUCUUGGUGGAAGAGGGCAGAGCAAGUAAUGCCAGAGUGGAGAAGCGAAUUUGUGCAGACAAUGGCUGUGUUUGGGUUAUGAGUAGGUGGUUGGACCCGUUGUGGAAACUGUUUUGA